AACUUUUUUUUAUAAUUGAAAACAAUUUACUAAAGAUUAUUAAGAAUUUUAGAGCAUAAUGAAUUUACAAAUUUGUGUUAUUAAAUUGGAAAAUGUGAGAUCCAAUCUAAAAAAUAUUUACCAAGAUUAUAAACUUUCUAAUUUACAUUGGCUAAAAAUUUUAAAAGAGUAUACUAUAAAACCUAUAUACACAUUAACAAGUGGAAUGUGCUUCCUUACCUUGAGCCAAUAAAAUUGUGUCCUAACAAAAUAUACCUAGAGAAUAAAAGAGUGCUAGUGAUAAAACCGGCAAAAUGUAUUAUCUUAUAUCGCAUUUAAGAGUGCUGAAAAACUGUUGAUUACUAAUCUUGUAGGGAAUCAAGUGUUGUCACUCUAUUCACAAUUAAUCAGUCGAUUUAAGUGUGUCUCAUUUGUUUUUGGUGCGUGUGUAUCAGUUAAUAUUUGAUUAAGCUCGUAAAACAAUUACUUUAAGUGAAAAAUGAAUUCAAACAAGAGACUUAGCCCUAAUGAUCCUGGUUCAUAUUCUUUACCAGAAAGAGUAGCUGUUUCUCAUAUUAAUCUAGAAUUAGAGGUGGAUUUUACCAAUGAAAAACUCAAGGGAUUUGUUGAUUUAUCCAUUAAUAAGAUUGAUGAACAAUGCAACCAGAUUAUUUUAGAUAUAUUAGAUUUAAAUGUUGUCAGUAUUAUUAAUAGAGACAAUGGAUCUGCAUUGGAAUAUACUAUCGGUGACCGUUUGGAUGUUUUUGGAUCCAAACUGGAAGUUCAAAUACCUUUGUGUAAAACUUCCACAAUUCGAAUUGCAUAUGAGACAUCUAAAACUGCUACUGCUUUACAAUGGUUGUUACCAGAACAAACUCUUGGAAAAAAGUAUCCUUACCUGUUUAGUCAAAAUCAACCAUCUCAUGCUCGCUCUAUGUUACCAUGUCAAGAUACUCCAUCAAUAAAAUCAACUUAUUCUGCUAAAAUAACAGUGCCAAAGCCAUUAACAGCUUUAAUGAGUGCUGUUUCGAUAGAUAUAAUUGAUUGUGGAGAUAGUCGUAAAUUUUUAUUUGAACAAACUGUUCCAGUACAAUCAUAUCUCAUUGCAAUAGCUGUUGGUAAUCUAGUAAGUAAGACUAUUAGCCCUAUGUCUAAGGUAUGGUCUGAACCUGAAGAAAUUGAUAAAGCAGUUUAUGAGUUUGAAGAAAUACCAGAGUUAUUAAAAUGUGCAGAAAAAGUUUGUGGUCCUUAUGUAUGGAAAAUUUAUGAUGUUCUUGUUAUGCCUCCUUCAUUUCCAUUUGGUGGAAUGGAAAAUCCUUGUUUAACAUUUGUGACUCCUACAUUAUUAGCAGGUGAUAGGAGUCUUGUUGAUGUCAUAGCUCAUGAAAUAGCCCACAGUUGGACUGGAAACUUGGUAACAAAUUGUAAUUUUGAACAUUUUUGGUUAAAUGAAGGUUUUACUGUAUACGUUGAACGAAGAAUAAAUGGUUUAUUGUACGGUGAAAGUUCAAGGGAAUUUGCAGCUUUAGGUGGUCUUGAAGACCUUAGACAAGCUGUUAUAGAUUUAGGUGCACAAAAUCCACUAACAAAAUUAGUAGUAGAUUUGAGUGGAAUUGAUCCAGAUGAUGCAUUUUCUACAUGUCCAUAUGAAAAAGGUCAUACCUUUUUAUUUUAUCUGGAGAAAUUGUUUGGUGCAGAAAAAUUUUAUUUAUUUUUCAAAAGUUAUGUUGAUAAAUUCAAGUACAAGUCAAUUAGUACAGAAGAUUUUAAGUCAUAUCUACUAUCUUAUUUUCGUACUAAUAAUAAAACAUUACAAAUUGAUUGGGAUUUGUGGUUGUAUACUCUAGGCAUGCCUCCAAUAAUUCCACCAUAUGACUCAAGUUAUCAAGAUGUGUGUGAAAAAUUAUUAGACCGAUGGAUUAAAUGGGAUGGAUCAGAUGAACCAUUUAAUGAAUCUGAUAUAUCAUGUUUUCAAACAUCUCAAAAAAUUCAAUUUUUAGCUCUCCUUUUGAAAAAUAAUAUAACAUUAAUUAAAAUUAAAGCUAUGCAAAAAGCAUACAAUUUUAAUAACAAUAGGAAUUGUGAGAUUCUAUUAAGGUGGUUCAGAAGUUGUUUAAAAGUUAAAUGGUUGGAUCCAUUGGAACUUAUAUUUAAGUUUAUUAAUAAUACAGGUAGAAUGAAGUAUGUCCGUCCUAUAUAUAGGGAUUUAUAUAAUUGGGAUGAAGUGCGUCAAAAAGCAAUUGAAAAUUUCGAAAAAAAUAAACAAUGUAUGAUGUAUGUUUGUCAAUAUACAGUUUCAAAAGACCUUCAUUUAAGAGAUUAGAAAAAUGUAAUUUGAUUUUCGAAGGAUAUUUAUAAAUUUUUAAAAUUUAAAUUAUACAAUUGAGAUAUAUUUAUAUUUAAUUGUAUUUUUGUUGUAUAAAAUAAAAUAUUUAAUAUUAAUGGUCUUAAUGUGUUUAGCAUUGAUAAUUGUAACAUUGUUUCUAAAAUAUACAUCUGGACUUUUUA